AUGGACUUCAAUUUGACCACAUACUUCAACGCCUUUGACGUGGAUAAAGACUACUCCAUAGACUUUGGUGAUAUAGACCAUAAACUUGAGAGUGUCACAGACUCAUUGGCUAAUAAUCCGGACUCUAUCAACUACAACAAUGAGUUAUUGGAAGAUCUUAUCGAACUAGUACAUGGCUACAGAACACUCGAUUCCAAGCACCAAAAACAACUUUCUUACUUGAUUACAUCCUCUUUCAACACAAUAGCAUUCCAGUUCCAUAAUAUUGUCGAAAGUGGCGAUUUUAUUGACUCGUUGGACCAGAUCAAAGCUACUCUCGAAAAGUAUGGAUACUUGACUUUUGUUUUGGCCAAGCUCUUGAGCAAAGAAGAGCACCAGCAUCAGAGCGGUAGAAAACUGACUUCCAGCUCGCAAGCUGUGGCAAAAUGGAAGUCCAACUGUGUUCAAGUCGAAGAUUGUCUUAUCGCUAUCACGACAGUACUUAAAAUUGACUUGGGCAAAAUAUUCAUCACUACGCCCGAGAGAGAUUUAUUCAUUGAAUUGUUCACUAGACCUAUAAUGAACUUGAUGGAAAGCCCCGAAAGAAUGAAAAUGGCAACUAUAAAAGGAUUAAUAUUCCAAAUUCUUUCAGUAUCAGUGAAGUUUCAUGGUCAUGCUGCGAUCAUACAGCAUUCAAUUAUUCAAUGUCUUACAUACUACCUCCAUCUUCCACCAUAUAUGGCCGAAUUAUUGCAUAUGUUAUCUGAGAAAUAUGAUUACAUGGUUUUGACUGAGGAAGUAUUGAGAGAAAUAUCACAAACGCAAUUCAAUUCCAAUGAUACCAAUGGUCCAAAGGCAGUUUCAGAAUUUCUUGUUAAGCUUUCUGAGUUGAGUCCUAGAUUGAUCCUCAAGCAGAUGUCUAGCAUUUCUCAGUUAUUGGAUAACAGUAAUCAAACCUUAAGAUGCUCAGUUGUGGAAACCUGUGGUAAUAUUGUGGUGGACAUACUCAAAUCAGCAACAGAUGAAUCCGAGGAAAGCCAUAAUAUAACACAGCAGGUAGAUGGGCUAUUGGAUUUACUCCAAGAAAGGUUUUUAGAUCAGAAUCCAUAUGUGAGAACUAAAGCAUUUCAAGCGUUGACAAAAAUUGCUGGCUUGAAAGUAAAAUUGACAGCAAGGAGGCAAAUCAUGAUGCAAUUGUCAGUGAGAUCAUUAGAUGAUAGGAGUACUUUGGUGAGACGUAAUGCGAUAAAGCUUAUGUCUAAGUUGGUUUUGACUCAUCAAUUCAAUACUGCUCAUGGUUCCCAAUUACCUUUAUCAUUCUGGGAGGGUCAAUUAAAAGGUGCUGAAGAUGAACUCAUGAAAUAUAUACCCGUGUCACCAAAAAAGACCACAAACAAGGAUUCCGCAGAUAAUUCUGAAAACGAUCAGGAUUCAAUGGAUAUCGAUGAUGAAGCUCAAAGUGAAAAUGAAGAAGAGAACGAGCAAAAAGAUGAAAAUGAUGGGAGUGAGAAGGAUAAAAGUAUUGAUUAUGACGAAUUAAAUGCAUCUAUGUUACAACAGGAAGAAAAUUUGCCAGACACAAAUGUUUUAAUUCGAGCCAAGUUGAAACUGAACUACUACAAAGACGCCGUAAAUUUCAUCAAAGCAAUUCAUAGAGGCACAGAAGUUGUGUCUAGGCUCUUAUUUUCUAAGAAUAGAAACGAGGCCAUCGAUUCUAUGGAUUUCCUAGUUUUGGCAGAUGCAUAUGGUAUCGAAAAUGCUUCAGAAGGUAUUCGCCGAAUGCUUCAUUUAGUUUGGAUGAAAGGGUCUUCUGAUGAAGGUAAAUCGGUUCCAUCACAUUUGAUAGACUGUUACAAGGACCUCUUUUUAACUGCUCCAACUAAUUCUAGUAAGGUUGAACAAGCAGCAUAUAUUGCGAAGAAUUUGAUUUCAUUAACAUACGAAGCAUCAAUUGCCGAUUUGGCGUCUUUGGAAAAGUUGCUAGGAAUGAUGUACAGUGGAAAACUCAUCAAUCAAGAAGUUAUAAGAAUCUUGUGGCAAAUAUACAGCUAUGAACCCAAUAGUGGGGAUUCGCCUGACUUAGUGCAAAAACAACGUCGUGGUUCUAUCAUCAUUUUAGGAAUGGUUGCAUUGGAGGACAAUCAAAUCAUUGUCAGGGGAUUGGAUGCUUUGCUCCACGUUGGAUUAGGGGACAAAGGAAAGGAAGAUCUUAUAUUGGCAAAAUAUUCAUGUAAUGCAUUACAACGUAUUGUUCUGGUUACAUCUAAGAAAGAUGCUGUUUUCGUUAAAAUAGCAAGAGAAGAUGAAGCCAUUUCCAAACUUAAACAAGUGGUACUUUCGUAUGAAUCAAAGCCCGAAUGGAAUGGGGUUGCAGAACAGGCCAUUGGUGCUAUUUUUCAGGCAUCGUCUAAACCGGACGAAGAUUGCUCUGAUAUAAUCAAAGAGAAAUCUUUAAGCGUUUUCAAAUCGUCAAAGCCAGGUGAAUCUAAAAUGGUUGCAUUGUCGCAGUUACUAUUUAUUGUUGGUCAUGUUGCAAUCAAGACGAUUGUUCAUCUUGAGAAAUUGGAAGCUCAAUUCAAGAAGAAGAAACAUGAAGCUGAAGUCAAGAAGAAAAAUGUUGAAAACAACGAGGAAAGUGCGGAGAAUGAAUUAGAGAUGAUCGGUGGUACCUCUGAAGAUGAUUUCACUGAUGCUAUUAUACAUGUGAAGGAACGUGAGUUGUUGUACGGGGAUAACUCGUUGUUGGCUAGAUUUGGGCCCUUGGUGACAGAAAUUUGUGCUAACAACAAAAAUUAUGAUAACAAGGGCUUACAAAGAUCUGCUGUAUUGUGUAUGGCAAAGUUGAUGUGCGUGUCUUCGGUUUAUUGCGAGGAGAACUUGCCCUUAUUGAUUACUAUUAUGGAGAAAUCAGACGAUCCAAUCACCAGAUGCAAUUGUGUUCUUGGAUUGGGUGACAUGGCGGUAUGCUUCAAUAAUAUUGUGGACGAGAGCACGGAUUUCCUUUAUCGUCGUCUUAAUGAUCCAAAUAUUAUGGUACAAAGAACUUGUCUCAUGACAGUGACAUUUCUUAUUCUUGCCGGACAAGUCAAAGUCAAAGGUCAGUUGUAUUCUAUGGCCAAGUGUUUGGAAAAUCCAGACCAAGGUAUUAGCGACAUGUGUCGCUUGUUCUUUGCCGAAUUGGCCACUAAGGACAAUGCAAUUUACAAUGGAUUUAUUGAUAUUUUCAGUGGUCUUUCUAAUGACGAGUCACUUGCUAAGGAAGCUAUGAAGAGAAUCAUCAAGUUCCUCCUCUCGUUUAUCGACAAGGAGAAACACCAGAAGCAGUUGGCGGACAAAUUGGUGCUCAGAUUGGUCAAGUGUCAAAACGAAGCCCAAUGGAAUGACAUUGCGUUUGUGUUGACCUCGUUGCCUUACAAGAAUGAGAAGAUAAGCAAAAUAUUGGAGGAGGGCUACAAACUUGUUUCUGCGAGACAAUAA